AUGAACCCUCUGCUAAAACUAUCACUUCGAGGCCACAAAUCCUCGGUGUCAUGCAUAGCUAGAGUUCAGGAUGACUUGGUAUCUGCGGAUCGCGAUGGUUGGGUGGUUUUGUGGAAUCUAACUACCAAACGACCCAGAGCGCUUUGGAAAGCACACCAGGGCCAGAUUUUGACCCUUAAAUAUACAGCCAUGGGGCUCCUCACUCACGGUCGGGACUCGGAGCUUCGACUUUGGAAUCUUAGCGAGUCCUCGUUGCGUGGAUGUAGUUCUGAUGUAUCGGUAGUGGGAAACGAAGAGGAACCAAAGAAGCCGCAAUACGAGGAAUUGCCGGUCAAUGCCUUGAACUUUUGUAAUGUAGACUUUUGGGAACUUCCCAGUGAAGGUUUGAAGAAAAAUGCCUUGGUGGUUACCCCAGCAUCGGUUGACUCAGAUAACUUCGAUGUGUACAAGAUAAGCAGUGACGGUAGCACCUUUGCGAUUCAGAGAGUGAUCGAAAACUUUGCAAUCCGCUCCGCGCAAUUGAUAAAACUGGAUUUGGAGGAAAUCAACGAUCCAGAUCUGAUACUUAAGCAGAGAGGACAUGGCAUUGUAAUGAGACUCCGGUUCAUCUCUGAAAACCUUCUUUUUGUUGGAUACGAGUCUGGGGCGUUAUUCGGCUUAGACAUAAGACCGCUGGUUCGUGAUCUGGUCAAAAAAGCUGAUCGCCUUGUUGUAAAUACGGGUUACAAAGUGACCCUCAAGUGUGCUCUCAAAGGGCAUACGCCCCUGCCGAUGCUUUCGUUAGAGUAUGACAAUGACUCAAAGGUAAUUCUUUGUGGCUCUGCAUCCAAAAAAAUACUUCGAGUGGACCUUUCGCCCUUGUUGGCCUCUUCAAACGACGUCAUCGAAUCACACAAAUCCGCAGAUUCAAACAUUACUAGUAAAGAAGAUCAUGCAAAUAGUCGCGAAAACAGCGGCGCUGUGCCCGAUCCGACUCUUAAUAAGUGGGGUCUCAAACAGCCUACAACACAAAAACCUGCGACUCGAAGCACAUCUGACUUCACUGGACUAGAAUCACCUGGUUUUGAAGAAUCAAACAGUAAUGCCGCAAGUACUUCCGAACUCGAAUCUCAAGUCUCUUUCACCAAUUUGAAGCAUUACGGUAUCCAAUGUGUCCAAUUUGUGACCGGUGGAUAUGCUGUAGCAUUCUGGGACGGCACAAUAAAGGUUAUUAACAAUGAUCAAGAGACCACUUCAACGUGGGAAAGGGCUGAAGAGGCAUUGCAAGCACUGAACGUUGUUGACAAUCCUUCAGGACCCACCAAGAAAUCCAUAUGCAUCUUCUCGUGGAGGGCCAAAUCGAGUGAUGAACGACAGAUUGUGCCCGUUCAAACAAGAAUCAGAACACGGGAAACCCUUGCUGAUAAACUGCUUCUAUUUGUAGGUCAUGGUGAUGGACUUAUACGUGCAUACUCUUUAAGUGAAACAGUAUGUUGA